UUGUCUGUGUUUCUCAGUCACGCUCGGCAGCCUGUGCCGUAAUAAGCAAGUUACACAUUCCAGGAGAGAGAGACAGAGUGUGUGGAUGUGUGUGUGUGUGUGCGCGCGCGCGUGUGUGUGUGAAAGAGAGAGAGAAAGAGAGAGCAGCAAUGUUUAGAUGGGUUAUUGGAUGGACCUGAUUGUCCAUUACGCAGAAGGAGUCUAAUUUUCGGACAUAAACAGCGAUGGAUUGGACAAAGUGUUGUUAAAACUGAGCGCUCAGCCGCGUAAAUGAAGAGGUGAACGGGGAGAAAAUAUGGACGCCGAGAGUCUUAUUCAACACAUUGAACGAGACAUGGAGGCCACUUCAUGGCCCUUAUCAGUGACCGCAGACUGGCUGGAGGACGGAAACGAGACGACUGAAAAUCAGUUCCAGCAACCCGACUGGCAGGUGGCUCUGUGGGCUAUAGCCUACUCCCUCAUCAUCCUGGUUUCCAUCACCGGGAACGUCACAGUGAUCUGGAUCAUCCUCGCGCACAGACGCAUGAGGACCGUGACCAACUACUUCAUCGUGAACUUGGCCUUCUCUGACGUUUCCAUGGCAACCUUCAACACUCUUUUCAACUUUGUCUACGCGCUUCACAACGACUGGUACUUCGGCCUGGGUUACUGCCGAUUUCAGAACUUCUUCCCGAUCACCGCAAUGUUUUCAUCAAUAUACUCGAUGGCUGCCAUCGCAGUGGACAGGUACAUGGCCAUCAUCCACCCUCUGAAGCCCCGCCUCUCCUCCACUUCUACAAAGGUUGUGAUUGCUCUGAUUUGGGUUGUGGCAUUUUCAUUGGCUUUCCCUCAGUGCUACUACAGCGUGACGAGAUUUUAUUACCCCAGAACCGUGUGCAUGGUCGACUGGCCGGAUGAUUAUGGAGGAAAACAUCAACUGAGUUACCAGUAUGCAGUGAUAUUGCUGAUCUACUUGUUCCCUCUGCUGGUGAUGCUAGUGACCUACAGUUUGGUCGGCCGGUCGCUGUGGGGUGGACACAUCCCAGGGGAGGCGACAGACCAUUACCACAGUCAGAUAACAGCCAAGAGAAAGGUGGUGAAGAUGAUGGUUGUGGUGGUGGUGACCUUUGCCCUCUGCUGGCUGCCCUACCACAUCUACUUCAUACUGGGAUCAUUUAACAGAGACAUUUAUAAACAACACUACAUUCAACAGGUGUACCUAGCUAUAUUCUGGUUGGCGAUGAGUUCGACCAUGUACAAUCCCAUCAUUUACUGCUGUCUGAAUCAAAGGUUUCGUGCUGGUUUCCGUCACGCAUUUGCUUGGUGUCCCUUCAUCAAAGUGUCGGAAGAGGACAAGAUGGAGCUGCAGCACACGCACACCUUCAGAGUCACCAUGACACGCAGCCACCGCAACGAAAUCUCAUACGCUCACACCUCCAUCAAAACAAACAACACCUUUGACACUAACUCAGCUGUCAAAAAUGAGCUAAACACAGAGACGGACACUUGCAUGCAGCUUAAAGAACUUACACCGUUGAGAACAUACAGCGCACACAAUACAUAUGCAGUGAAGAGGCCAGAUGGCACAAAGUCACCAGCUGCCAAACUUAUGGAGUACAAUCACUGACAACUGAAACAAAUCAUGAUGGGGACAUUCUUUGUGGGAAGGCAACAGGGUUUUUCUGCAGCUAAAACAGAGCUGACUGAAGUCAAGACUGCAGCUUAUGAUGACAAAGAUAAAUGAGUUUGCAAACAGCCAAUCAGAACUGCUCAAACAAUGGUGACAUUGAUCCAUGUGGAAAGGAAAGGAGAUGUUAAUUAUAUGUGGGACUUGGGACCAUUAAGGGUUUUUGUUACAGAGGUACUAUAAAUGAAUGAAUGUGACUAUGUUUUGGUGUUAAUGCCAAAGUGAUCAUGUGAGUGUGUGGAACAAGAACAACAGCGACUUAUUCUGGCAUUGUUAGCAUCUGCUGCUAGCGGGAAUGUCUGAAGAAAAAUCCAUCCAUCUUUCUUUUUUUUUUACUCAAUGUCAUUCUCCUUCCCCCAUGCUCCAUCUCAGAAAUCCUCUCUUCCAUCACUGAUGCUUUUCUUCUUCUCCUCUUUCAGAGAAAAGCUGCAAACUAUGAUAUUUUAGUGUAAUUGUAGAAUUUUGAUCUGUGGUUACUGGUUUUCUAGUGCAUACAAUGGAUGAACAGUCCACUGGCAUCAGCACCGAGCCUUAAUGUUGUUGUUUUCUGUAUGUUUUUUUAACUGCCCCGGACACAUGACAUCACUAUCAAAAAGGUAUGUCCAUUUAAUUCCUUUUCUUCACCAAUCAUCAUGCACAAAGUAAUAAUUAAAUCAUUCGCUGGUUACUCAUGUUAAUGAAAAAAAGUCUUUAACCCUGCCAGCAUUCAAAAUUAGUGCAGAUUAGCUCCUAUAGCUACCCUGGGAUUGACUAUAUUGAUGACUUUAUAAUAAAUGCCAUGUUAUGAAAAGUGGGAAGUGAUACAUACACUGUGAAACUUAAUGUGGUGCAGCAGCACCGACCUCAACAUUUUCUGAAGACAAGAAACUGUACCCUGAAUGAAAGUAGAAUUGCCAGUUUCAGAAGCACCUCCUGUUUCUAACAUUCAUUUAACAGUAACACAUUAACUUAUCAUUAUGUACUUUAAAAGGAAAAUCAUUCUUGAAUUUAUCUCUUUAUUUCACAGGACUGCUGAAUCUUCCUAACAUUAAUUUUAUUGUUGGCAUAUAUUUAUUACUGUACAGUACAAUUCCUUUGAAAUCUCAGUCACAUUGUGUGCAGUCAUGCAGUAUGUUGCUCAUAUGUUGUGAUUUCACUGGUGUAAUAUAUUUCAUGGUCAGUGUACAGUAGAGUCCAUAUUAAAGUGCUGCUACUUAGAAGAAUCUGAUGUGAAAUGUAACAUUAACAUCUAUUGAGUAUAUUGAUGUAAAAUACGCUAAUGAAGUGCAAAUGUAAAUAUGCAACAUGUGUGAUGGUCGCACAUUUACAGUCAGGUCAUGAUGUUUAAAUAAUGUAACCUGUCAGCGUUAACAUUUCAGAAUGUAGUAAAAACCUUUUGAUUCCUUGUAACAACUUUUUAACUUUUAAAAUACACACAGUGAUGGUAUGAAACAUCUGUAUUUGUUAAAGUGAAAAAAAGUCAUUAAUAUGCUAGUAAAUGUGACAACAGUAAUAAAACUGCAGUACAAUAAGUACCUAUACACUUUUUUACAGACGGUGCUGCUGGAGUCAACAGGUCUGGAGUCAGUGUGUUGCUCAACAACACCUCAGACUAAAUCUUUUGUGCAAAAACCACAACAUCAGAUUGACACAGGUUUGUUUUUAUUUAGUGACAAGUUGAUUGACAGUGUUGGACAGAUACAGUCUGGGUUUUGUGAACAAAGAGGCAAAGAGAUUAAGGUGUCUGUGUGUUUUCAUGUGCUGAGAUGGCUUUUAGAUUGACUUCUGAAGGCAGGGGAGCUCAGGAUCCUCCUGGAGAGGCUGGCUGUCUUUAUCCUGGUCGUAAGUUAGGAAUGGAAAUUCAACUAGCUAGCAGUUUUGUUGAUAUGAUUUGUUACCAGUAUUAGCUUCAGGUUGGACCGGUGCUUAUUUGUCCCCAUGAGCCAGAAUUUAAACUGUGAUUCACAAAGAUGGCAGUAAAAUGUUAUGUAACUUCUUAAAGGUCCAUCUGUGCACCACAGCUGCCUCUGAGUGA